AUGCCAUAAAUAUAAAAUUUAGAUAAAAACAAACAAUUGAAAGAAAUGUUUCUAGCGUUAAUACAAGCAGUAGCUAAAACUCUACUUAAUCCUACAAUUAGAAUCAACCACAACUUGAAACAUCAAAUAUAAUUAUAAUUUGUGUUGUUAGUGGUGUCCUUUUGUUAGGUGUUUUAGCUUUUUUAUUCAGAAAAAAGCUCUGCCCCUAAAUAUAUUAAAAAAAAGAAGAAAAAGGAAAAAAAUUACACUCCAACGUGUCUGUUGCUGGAGAUUCUACUCCAAAAAAAUAAAUUUAUAGUAGUUAAAGUAAUUUAUAAUCUUCAAAUAAGAAUAAUAAUAGAAAAUCUUCAUAAGCCAGCUAGCAAAAUUCGAUUAAAAGACUGCUAAAUACUAAUACUAAUAUUAAAAAUAAUUAAAAUUAGUAGAACCGAAUAACUAGUUACUGCAGAACGGCAGCCUCAUCCACCAAUAAUCAAAUAGUAUCAGCAUUUAAAAAUAAAAAGUGCUAAUCAAGUGAUUAAAAUGAGUAGGAUUCUGCUUAAAAAAAUUAAAAAUAGUCUGAUUAAACCGAAAAUAGCAAUAAAAAAUAUAAAUAAUCAAAUUCUUUACCAAAUUCUUUACAUGUAACAUCUUAAAAUGGUUCUUGUAUGA